AUGACAAGAACAAGGGGGACGAGUAAAACCGAGUCACAGUGUCAUGAAUGCAAGGGAUAUGGACACUUCAAGACCGACUGCCCCACUGUCAAGAGGAGAAGCAUUACUUGCUACAAGUGCAAAGGAAUAGGUCAUACACAACAAGAAUGUGAGUAUGAUGAGAAGAUGGGGAAGUCGAUGAUGGGCGUUGCUGAUGAAGAUUCUGAAGGAGAGUCUGAAGAUGAGGAAGAAGUCAGUAACUUUGUCGCAUUUGCUGGAAUUGCUGAAAUAGAAGAUACAAAGAUCUCUGAAUCUGACCAAGAGGAUAACUCACAGAUGAUGAAUCUGAAGUUGAUAUCCAUGAAAGCUAUAAGGAAGUUCGAAUGCCUUGAAAGCACUUCAAGCCGAAAGGAUCUCAACAUGGAUAAUCUUAACAUCGUGCUUGAAAAGAUGGAUGCAGUUAAACGAGCAGACGACAUUACCAAGGAGUACUUUCUGGAAAAGGAGAAUUCCAGAAAUCUACAAGCUGAAUUGGAUCAACACAGAAAGCAACUCAAGAUGCUGACUGGUACUAAGGAACUCGACAAGAUUCUGAGCAUUGGCCGUGUAGGGAAGUCAAAUCUUGGUCUAGGAUACACACCAGCAGUGUUACAACUGGCAAGAAUGUCAAGUUUGUCUCUGGAGGGUUGGCUCAGGAUGUCCAUCAAGCAGAUACUAAGACACCAGCUCAGAAACUUGAUUCCAUUCUCAAAACUGGGAAUCGAGGGAAGAGCACCAUGGGACUGGGAUAUGAUUCUUCUCCAACUCGCAAUCCGAAAGGAUUUCAGAGUCCAAGAGGAAAACAUCAAGGAAAGGAGUGCUAUUUCUGUGGGUCCUAGGACAUAUCAGGGCUUUCUGCAACAAGUACUGGGCUAG